AUGAAAACAGGCGGGUUAGGUCUUGGGCUCGGACUUGGAUUAAAGAAGAAUCAACCACAAGAAGAGCCAGAAAUACAAAUUAAUGAUGGAAUGCUUAUUGAAGAUAUUGAUAAUUCUGUGGCCCGCGAUAUUAUUUCAGUUUUUGAAAAGAAUCAAGCUGCUUCUAAUGCACCUCCAUUGGAAGAUGCUGCUUUUAUAGAAAGUUCUUUGAAAUUAAUACAAGAAGAGACAAAAGCUCAAAUUUUUGGUCCUUUAAUGAGUGUUGCUCAUCAAAUUGAUUCUGGCAUCUCAACAGUUAACGAUUUCAAAACAGAGUUAAGUAAAUCACAAGCAGAUCUAUUAAAUGCUCCUCACGCACGAAAUCCUCCAACCCAGUUCAUUACAAGGUCUGUUGACAGACUACAAAGCAAAUCUAUCGAAAUAAGUCAGAUACUUUCCGCCUAUACAGCCAAAUUCCAAGCAUUUGAAUCAAUUCAACAACAAAAUCCAAUUGGCAAAAUUCUGAAGUCAGAACAUCAUGCACUAAUCAGAGUUGCAUCAAAAGUAGCUCAAGUUCGUUCCCGUUAUGAAGCUUUGAGGAAUGAAAUGCUCCAGAAAUUACCUACAAAUAUUCUUACGAAAUUUGAGGAAUCUAUGGAUAGCUCCGAACAAGCCUCAACAUCAGAUAUCAUAGAAACUAAUUACCAGUCAUAUAUUACAGAAAAGAAGAAUAAAUUUGAUAAAUGGCGAGAAGAGAUCGAUUUAUUUGGAGAAUCAACGGCCCCACCACCUGCACAAACAACAAAAUUUUCACUUGGCGCCAAACCAGCAUUAGGUGGUUCAAAACUUUCAACUUCAAAAUAA